AGGAGGAGGCGGCGGCGAGAAGAUGGCGACUCCGAACAAUCCGCGGAAAUUCAGCGAGAAGAUCGCGCUGCACAAUCAGAAGCAGGCGGAGGAGACAGCGGCCUUCGAGGAGGUCAUGAAGGACCUCAGCCUGACUCGGGCCGCGCGGCUCCAGCUCCAGAAGUCCCAGUACCUGCAGCUGGGCCCAAGCCGUGGCCAGUACUAUGGUGGGUCCCUGCCCAAUGUGAACCAGAUCGGGAGCGGCACCAUGGACCUGCCCUUCCAGCCCAGCGGAUUUCUGGGGGAGGCCCUGGCAGCGGCUCCUGUUUCUCUGACACCCUUCCAGCCCUCUGGCCUAGACACCAGCCGGACCACCCGGCACCAUGGGCUGGUGGACAGAGUAUACCGGGAGCGCGGCCGUCUUGGCUCGCCGCACCGCCGGCCCUUGUCAGUGGACAAACAUGGACGGCAGGCCGACAGCUGCCCGUACAGCACCGUGUACCUCUCACCGCCCACGGACACCAGCUGGAGAAGGACCAAUUCUGACUCCGCCCUGCACCAGAGCACAAUGACGCCCACCCAGCCAGAAUCCUUUACGGGUGGGUCCCAGGACGUGCACCAGAAAAGAGUGUUGCUAUUAACAGUCCCGGGAAUGGAGGAGACCGCGUCGGAGGCAGACAAGAACCUUCCCAAGCAAGCAUGGGACACCAAGAAGACGGGAUCCAGACCCAAGUCCUGUGAGGUUCCUGGAAUCAACAUCUUUCCAUCCGCCGACCAGGAAAACACUACAGCCCUGAUCCCCGCCACCCACAACACGGGGGGCUCCCUGCCCGACCUGACCAACAUCCACUUCCCCUCCCCACUGCCGACCCCACUGGACCCUGAGGAGCCCACCUUCCCUGCGCUGAGCAGCUCCAGCAGCACCGGCAACCUCGCAGCCAACCUGACACACCUGGGCAUCGGCGGCGCUGGCCAGGGGAUGAGCACGCCAGGCAACUCCCCGCAGCACCGCCCCACCAGCGUCAGUUCCCUGUCCCUGAGCACAGAGGCGAGGCGGCAGCAGGCCCAGCAGGUGUCACCCACUCUCUCCCCGCUGUCACCCAUCACUCAGGCUGUGGCCAUGGACGCCCUGUCUCUGGAGCAGCAACUGCCCUACGCAUUCUUCACCCAGACGGGCUCCCAACAGCCUCCACCACCACAGCCCCAGCCCCCACCGCCUCCUCCACCGGCGUCCCAGCAGCAGCCAUCCCCACCGUCCCCACAGGUGCCCGUCCACCUUCCCCCGGGCGGCCCCCUGAUGCCAAGAGCCAGCUUGACACGGGGGCCGCAGCUACCCCCACUUGCUGUCACAGUACCGUCCUCUCUCCCCCAGUCUCCCUCAGAGAACCCAGGCCAGCCAUCGAUGGGGAUCGACAUUGCCUCGGCACCGGCUCUGCAGCAGUACCGCACUAGUGCUGGCUCCCCGGCCAACCAGUCUCCCACCUCGCCUGUCUCCAAUCAAGGCUUCUCCCCAGGGAGCUCCCCGCAACACUCCUCCACCCUGGGCAGCGUGUUUGGGGACUCGUACUUUGAGCAGCAGAUGGCGGCUAGACAGGCCAAUGCUCUGUCCCACCAGCUGGAGCAGUUCAACAUGAUGGAGAACGCCAUCAGCUCCAGCAGCCUGUACAGCCCGGGCUCCACACUCAAUUACUCGCAGGCGGCCAUGAUGGGCCUCACGGGCAGCCACGGGAGCCUGCCGGACACCCAGCCACUCGGCUACCCCAGCCACAGCAGCAUCCCCAACAUCAUUCUCACAGUGACAGGAGAGUCCCCCCCCAGCCUCUCUAAAGAACUGACCAGCUCCCUGGCUGGGGUCGGUGAUGUCAGCUUCGACUCCGACAAUCAGUUCCCCCUGGAUGAACUGAAGAUCGACCCCCUGACCCUAGACGGACUGCACAUGCUCAAUGACCCUGACAUGGUCCUGGCCGACCCAGCCACCGAGGACACCUUCCGGAUGGACCGUCUGUGAGUGGGCACGCCUGGCACCCUGCCGCUGCCUAGCGGUUCCGAUGGUGUCUCCCCAAGCCUGGGGAUGGCUGCGCUCCAUCCCUUGCCCACGGCCGAGCUUGUGAUUCCGAGCUUGCAGUGCCACCAAGCGCCCCCGCCAGCCUGCCCCUGGUUGUUAACCUCCCACUGAAGCCCAGGCUGGGAUAGGAGACUGUGAGCCCCCCGCCCCUGCAGACUUUCCCUGCGCCCGCUCCCUUGUCCCCUACCCUGGGGCAUGAGCCGUCGCCACCCUGUAAGAUGUGGAAAGCGUCUACUCCCCAGGGGGGCAGGAGGCUCGGGGUGGGGGACACUCAUGGUCCGUGGCUGGCUAUGGGCUGAGGUGCAUUUUCCGACUGUUGUCCAGCUCUCACUGCCUUCCUUCAUCCCUGGUCCCCCAGCCCGCCUGCCCUUCCCAGCCUGUGGUUAGGUAGAGAGCAAGCCCUGCCCUGCUCAAGUGAGAAGGCACCAGAGAGAGGGGCGGACACACAGCGAAAUAAACACUAUUUUGACUGCUGUCUUCUAUAUUUCUGAGCACACCCAAAGCGCUGGGAUCCAGCCAGGGCAGGAUGCAAAGUGCGGACCGGACCAAGCAGGCCAAGAGUAAACCCUGACGCCCCCUCCCCGCUCACUCUGUUUCCAGCCUCCCAGCCCCGCCGCAUCCCCAGGCAGGUGCAGCUGCAGCCACCUUUGCCGUAGUUCGCCUGGCCAGGUUGAGAGGGCUUGCGAAGGUCACACCUGAAGGCAGGGUUCCCUUGGGGGUGGGGAGGCGGUACAGCUCAUUUCCAGCCUUGUUCCCUGUGCUGUGGUCACCAUUACUGUUAUAGAUACAUGCUGUGAUUUAAGGCAUGGGGGCGGGGGAGGCAGCCAGGGAAAUUUUAUUGUGUUUUUGGGUUUUUUUGGUUUGUUUGUAUUUACAAUUUUGGUUGUAGAUGAGUAGCUGAAUCCUUCGAGCCAACUCUUACCUGAGAGCAUGAUUUUAUUCUAGAAAUACUACAUUACUUGUUUUUUUAAGCUAACUGGAAAUGGGGGCGGAUAAACCCAGAAGUGGUCCAAUGCCUGCCUGGGUCUGAGUGGUGUAUCCGGCCUUUUUUGUUUCUCUCCAAGUUAUCUCAAAACAGAAGGGUGGCUCAAGUGCUGGUGGGCCAGGCAGGGACUUGGCAGAGCUCGUGGUGGCUGUUGGUGCCUUCACUAUGGCCACAGCAGAGACUUCAGGAAGGAGCCUUGGCUUUUAUUGAUGGUCUCUUGAAGACUGAGCCCCACCUGUCCCUCCUGAAGGUGCCCACCAGUCCUCAGAGAUGGCACAUUGACCACCCCAUGGCUGGCUGUAGCCUAGGCUUCUCUGCUCCCAGUGGAUCAGGCCUGGGGGUGGGGAGCAUGUGCCCCCCAAGAUGAGGUUGUCCUCUGAGAAUCAGGGCAGUGCUGGCAUUUCGUCCCCUCCCCACUGACCCUCUGGCUUCCAGCCCACACCCCCCUGACGGGAAGGGCCAUCUCCUGGCUGGCCCUUCUCAGCAGCUCAGAGCUGGCUGGGGUGGACUCGGAGACAGAGCAGUGGGCAUUUCAGUAGCCAGUUUCCAGGUGCUUUGAGAAGUGCCUCCGGAGGCUAGUGUGACAGGGCACCUGGGGCUGUCCAUGAUCCUCCAAACCACAGGCCCUGUGAGGGGAGCAGCGGGGCUGGCUGUUUUCUUUCAGUCACUUUGGAACAUGAACUUCUGUUUUAAUCCCAAAUUGCAUCUUGAUGCUCUCGCUCACUCCGCUCCUCUGCCUGCCGGGCUGGCACCUUCUGCUUGGUGCAUUUCUUUGUGGCAUCGCGGCCAAUGCCUUCACUGGGAUCUUGGGAACCCUCGCCUCUGUCCUCAGGAGCUGGAUUGGAGCCUAGUGGCCAUCCCUCCCUCUCUUUCCCCGGCAAUGCUGUUAGCACGUGUCUAAGCAGUCGGGUGGCCGCUUGCAUGAAAGGGCUCCUCCUGCUGUCCAUCCUUUAGGGCUGAGGGGGCAUAGUAUCCCUCUGUUGAGCUCACCUGUCCAAGUUGAGGGCCCAUACUCUUACUGUGGUAGUGGCUGGGGGCACAUUGUGGGGACUUUUUUUUUUUUUUUUUUUAAGAAAAACUACAUGUACAUAAGAGAGUUUGAUUACCAUUAGACUUGUGUGUAGAACUUUUAAAAAAUGGCCUUAAUAAAAUUACACACAACCCACCUGGAUGCAAUUUUCAAACAAGGCAUUGGGGACCAUGCAAGGGACUCUCAUCAGCACCCGCUUCUUGGCCUUCCAGCCGCUGGCCGGUGCCCAUGGCCACCACUCUCCCCAGAUUCCUGGGUAGACAGGCAGGAGAAGAGGGACUCGGUACCGACCUCUGGGCAUCCCAGACUUGUGGCCCCUUUCUAGCAUCCCACAGCCAGGAGCACAGGUGACGUAUUAAUGUGAUGGCCUCAGUCCAUAACGGAGUUCCUUUUCCAGUGAGAAUGUGAUGGGCUGAGGCCAGAGCUUUCCUGGGAGGGCGCUGGGCUGUGCUGGUCCCAGGGCCCGGCCAGUAGCCAGCAGCAGCCAGGCAGCCCCAUGUUCUGGAAGGGCUCACACCCCUCCUGGGCCUGGGAAGGCCUCCUGGGGUCUGCAGUGGGAUUUUGUGUGUGUUUGUUUAAAUAUCACUUCUCUACUAAAUAUUCUUGAGUUGCCAAGACUUUCUGAAGCAAGACAGCUUGAGGGAAUCAGCCCUUUGUGACGUAAAAAUACUGUGAUUUCAGACGAGCUGCGCCAUGAGGGCGGUCCAGGGUCCCGCAGCGUGUGUAUAGACCCACCGCCCACAUCCUUGCGUGCUUGGGACAAGCCUGGAUGCUUGGCCUGAGCUGGGUCAGAGACCAGGCCAGGCUAGGCUGUUCCCCCCCACCCCACCCAUGUGACUCCAGCUUCAGCCAAACCCCUCAGCUGCACAAAUCUUUUCCCCAGGAUGGACACAAGGCAGGGGUACUCCUGAAAGUGUGACAUCCCCUCCUGCCUUGGUUUACCUUCCCUAAAUGGGGCCCGUAAGGUGGUGAGUUUUUCCCCCCAUGAGGCUCACAGGCUGAGGACAGAGCCUGGGGUUGGCCCCUCUCUGUGUCCUCAGAGAAGAGGGUUUGUGCCCACGGUGGGGCCCUGCACUGGGCACCUGGGCCCUUUGUGGCCUCUCCCUGUUUACUUGCAGGUUUUCAGCGCUGGAAGGAGGGUCCUGACCUUGAUGUGUCUGGCCUGAUUUCUUCAGGUGGCCAAGCUCCCGGAGGACACUUAGCUGGGAGGGCCCCCUGGUGAUGCUAUUGUGUCACAGUGGAGUGGGCGAGAGGCCCCAUGUCCGUCUGUCUGUCCAUCCUGCUGAGGUGUGGGUGUUGGGUUUGGGGCUUGUGUGUUGGGAACUUGCCACAGCUUGGUCAGGUAGGACAGGAGCAGGAGAGGCCCAUGGGAGCUGGUCAGGACUCAGGCUGCAGGGAAAGCCACCUUUCUGUCCAGAGUCCUGGGCCUGACGAACCCCCAUUGGUGUCCAACCCUAGAGUGGGCUCUGGUGUCCCCCUCAGGGGUCCUUGAUCUAGUUCACAGCUAGAUAUCCUUCCAAACUCCUUCCCCAGCCUGGAUUCAGUGUUUUCUGUAUGUCCAAAAAAGACACUCCCCACCCCCACUGACGCCCUUGUGCAGACAGGGGAGGGGGUCUGGUUGGAGCCGUCGGUCAGAGACCAAGGAGCCUUUGGCACCAGGGCCACAAAGCCAGUACUGAGGUUCCCCUGGGCCUGGCCCAUCGUCUGCAGGUGGUGCUCCAGCUGAGGGGGUCGUGGCUGCCAGAGCCCUCCCUGCAUGGCCUGGGAUGGGCGUGGGGUUGGGGGGACUCAGUUCCUCCCCAUCCCUGGAGGCCUGCUGUGGUGUGUGGGCAUCUGAGUCCCUUUCUACCCCCAUUCUCCUUGAACCCUGGGCCCCCACCUCCUGGGGGUAAUGCAGUGUGUGUUAGGGCUAUGGGACGUUCCCUAGCUAUUUGGCUCCCAGUUUCCCUCAGCCUGCAGCCUCCCCAGGUUCUGACCAGGCAGGGGUCAGGCACCCCCUAGCCUUUGGUUUGGCACAGGUAUCCACCCACCCACAAGAGGGAGGUGGGAUAACCUGCACCCCUAGGUCUGUGUGCUGAGGUACGCUCAAGGGCGUGGGGGGGCAGGAAUGGGUGUCUCAUGACCCGAGCCUCAGUUUCCCUCCUGUCAUAUUCUCAGACCCACAAGUCUCAGGGCCCCACCUCCUCCUGGGGAGGGUGUGGGGCAGGGGCUGGCUUGGGGUGGUGCUUGCUCCAGAGGUUCCAUCCACCUUCCAGCCUCCCAACCAGCGCCAAACACCCUGUCCCCAGAAGCCAGGGACAUGUGGCAUGUGUUGGGGUGGGGGUUGCCCACAUCUUGCAGCGUUCUGGAAUUUGGGGGCAAUCCAUUCCCAACUUGCCAAGCACUUCUGAUCUGUCCACCAGGGACAAGGGCACAUAGCCGUGGCCUUGGCCACCAGGUCCCGGGAGGGAGGGCUUUGGCAGCCAAGGUCUGCUGGCCCAGCUGUGUCCCCCAGUAGGAAACUGCCCCGAGGGACUGAGCAGCCCCACUGAUAUAUGCAAACCCACCGGUCCAAGCUCUGUCCCAGCCUGUGCUCCUCUGUGCUCAGGCUGGCUCUGCCCCAUCCCAGCAUGUACGUCUGCUGUGGACGUCCCAUGGGUGGCCGCGGUGGUCAGGGGCGGGGGUUCAGGGCACACUCGGUCGCUACUGCCCACUCUCUGGCGUGGACGGCUUUGUCCUUGUACCUUUGCAUCCUUUGUAAUGAAAUGUAAUA